UGGAGUGACAUUCAGGUUACCAGCACGGCGCUACUCCUAUACACUGGCAUGGAGGAUCAAGGAAGGAGGAAGGAGAGGGUGGAGAGGGUAGCGGGUCGUCAGUCUCGUCUUCAGGGGGUCGAGGAAGGUCACCGAACCAUCCCAAAGCCAUCUGAGAGGAAGGUUUUGGGGCAGGAUAGGAUGGAGAGUGCCUUGGUCAGGUGUUCUAGUUUUCAGGGGUUUGAGAAAGGUCACCGAACCAUCCCAAAGCCAUCUGAGAGGAAGGUUCUUGGGCAGGAUAGGAUGGAUAGUGCCUUGGUCAGCUGUUCUAGUCUUCAGGGGUUUGAGAAAGGUCACAGAACCAUCCCAAAGCCAUCUGAGAGGAAGGUUCUUGGGCAGGAUAGGAUGGAUAGUGUCAUGGUUAGUUCUAGUCUUCAGGGAGUGGACGGUAGUAACAUCACUUUCUGUAGGGAGUGUAAAAGGGUUCUCGGUCAAGGGGAAAGGGUAGCGAGUUGCCCUUGUUUCCCAGGAGCAGAGGAGAGUUAUCGUGCUAGACUGCAUGAGAGAGGGAGCCAGGAGAGUGUGGAGAGGCUAGUGGUUGAUCCGUUCCUUCAUGGGGUUGGGGAGAGUCAUGGCACUGUCCCCAGGUUGUGUGAGAGGCGGGUACUUGAGGCUCCCCCUUGUUGCAUGGCGCAGGAAGGUGAAGGCUGGAGUAGGCGAGCGAGGGAGAGAAGUGUGGGGCAGACCUGGACCUGCACGGAGGGUCUUCACAAGGGUUAUGGCAACGAGACUUUCAUCUUCCCUCGCCACAGUCACACUGCCACUCCUAUCAUCACCACCCCUCCCUCACCCUCACCCUCCACCUCGACCACAAACCUGCUGCCCUGCUACCCUCAUCACCACCUGCCAAUGCCUCCCUCCACCAGGCCACAGCAGCCACAGCUUAAAGCCCAGCCCAUGUCCUCCUCUGUCUCUUGUGGAAGUGGCAUGUACAGGCCCUUCCCACAGAGGCCUUGCUCCUGUCACGCUUAUCUGCAUUGUGAUCACGACUAAUGGACUGAUUGUUGACCUCGCUCUAGACAGCUGAAUGCCUUGGCUAAUUGUAUGUGUGUGUGUGUGUGUUGAUUAUAACCCUUGUAGUAGUUUCUGGCCCUUUUAAACUUUUAACAAUUUCCUUUAGUUUUUAUGUUAAUAAUUAUGUAUAUUUGAUCAUUUUUAAUACCAUACAUGAAUAAAAUUAGGCUCUUGUAUGUUUUUAGCUGUUUUGUUCUAACCUUUGCUUGCUUGUGCUUCCUGCUGCCUCAUGUGCAUGUUGUGUCCUCUGUCCUGCACUGACCCACACCUGUGCUGGUGUAAAGCUUGGCCUCCUAAUAAAGCAGUAAAGCUCCAUGACUUGUCCUGCUUAGUCUUCCUGCCUGAGUGCCUUACUUGCUUCCUGCUGGUGGAGGGGGCUUUGUGAUGACAGGUGAGCGGCUCCGCUGAGUUCAUGUUGUGUAUUAUGUGCUAUGUCUGGUGUGUGCUCAGCCUCACCAAGUGUUUGUCU